CCGGGGCGAGGGCCUGCGGGCCGCUGGGAGUGGAGACAUCGGUGCUCCAGGCGAGUGAGCGGGCGGAGGACGGGGUCCGGACGGUGCAGUGCGGGCUGCGGCGCAGGGCUCGGAAGCUGAGUCUGGGCUCCCAGCAGACCCUUUGCGACCAGGGCUUCUCGGCCUCAGGCACGUGGAUGUCAUGUGGCCUGUGCUCUGGACCGUGGUGCGUACCUAUGCUCCCUAUGUCACAUUUCCUGUGGCCUUUGUGGUCGGGGCCGUGGGUUACCACCUGGAAUGGUUCAUCCGGGGAAAGGAUCCCCAGCCCGCGGAGGAGGAGAAGAGCAUCUCUGAGCGCCGGGAGGACCGCAAGCUGGAUGAACUGCUAGGCAAGGACCACACCCAGGUGGUGAGCCUUAAGGACAAGCUGGAAUUUGCCCCUAAAGCUGUCCUGAACAGAAACCGCCCGGAGAAGAACUAAUGGAGGACACAGAGCCCCAUGGGUCCUUCUGUGGGCCAUGAGUGGCCCUGCCACCGUGUCUACCCGGCCCCAGAACCCACAUGUCAUUUGCUUUGUUGCUUCUCCUGGCCCUUCCCGCACCACCCAGCCUUGCACGUACUGGCUGCUGUUCUGUUGCCAGGCAGACACGUGAGCAGCCGAGGGGCCAGUGAAGAGGAAAGGCCCUUGGGGGUUCUGGCCUGAAGGUUGCAUCCGUUGUGUGGUGCGCAGGCUUCUGCGCUUCUGGGCGUGCUGCUGGGAGAAGUGUUAUAAACGAUGGCCGUCUGCUUCUGCAGGGAGGCUCUUCGGCCUCGGCGGGGAGGGGCUGGAGUUGGGGCUGCCUUAGGAGGCAUGCCUGCAGGCCUAGUUCCUGUGUGCACUGGGAAGAAUUCAAAAAGCUACCUGGCUUCUUUCACUAGUUUGCCCUCUUCCUGUGCUCAUUCUUCCUGAAAUCCUAUCCUAUCAGGUCAGGAAAGAGACUCCUCGGGGAGGAAAGCCUUUUUCUGUUCUUGGAAGUCCAGGCAGUUUGCCUUGGGACAGGUGAAUUUGCUUGAAAACAGUCAUGAUUUUUCACCCCCCCCCCAUCACUGUAUGGUACAAAACUUGAUUAAAGUGGCAUCUGAGAACCAU